CCUCCCCUUUGUGACGUCGAGAGAUCCAGUCUGAUCGGCAUCGUCCGAAGCAACAUGCAGGAUGGCUAAUGUGGAAACAGCCGCCGAACACGAACGAAUCCUUCGGGAGAUUGAGAGCACCGACACCAACUGUAUUGGACCGACCCUGCGGUCGGUGUACGAUGGUCAGGAACAUGGCCUGUUCAUGGAGAAGCUGGAUGCACGAAUCCGAAACCACGACCGCGAGAUCGAGAAGAUGUGUAACCACCACUUCCAAGGGUUUGUCGACUCCAUCACGGAGCUGCUCAAAGUGCGAGGGGAGGCCCAGAAACUCAAGAGUCAGGUGAUUGAGACUAACGGGCGUCUGCAGGAGGAUGGCAAAGAGCUCAUCAGCUCCAUGGAAGAGUUGAAGCAGUGUCGCCUACAGCAGAGAAACAUCGCUACCAUCAUCGACAAACUGACGCACUGCCUACCAGUUCUGGAGAUGUACAGCAGACUUCAGGAGCAGAUGAAAGCCAAAAGGUACUACCCGGCCUUGAAGACAUUGGAGCAGCUGGAGCAGACUUGUCUUCCCAAAGCUGGUCAGUACCGCUUCUGCUCCAUCAUGUCGGAAAACAUCCCCAGACUGAGGAUUCGUAUCCGAGACACGGCCAUGACGCAGCUGAGAGACUUUCUGGAGAGCAUCCGGAAGCACUCAGACAAGAUCGGAGAGACCGCCAUCAAACAGGCUCAGCUCCAGCGCUCACUGGACAGCUCUGUGUCUGCACAGCCAAGGACCGUGAGUGGACGACGCAACAGGAAAGAGGCAGCGACUGCAGCCGAGGGGAUGGAGAACAGCGGAGAGGGUCGCAGUCCCUUUUUGGAUCAGGAUUCUGGCAUCCUGGAUGUGGAGGAUGAAGAUGAUGAUGAUGUCACAGGAGCUCAGGAUUUGGUGGAUUUCUCUCCGGUUUAUCAUUGUCUGCACAUCUACACGGUGCUGCAUCUCACCGGCUCCGUGCCUUCUGUCAGCCACACUAGACUGUCUCUUGUUUUGUCCUUCUCCUCCUCAUCCUGGCUGGAGCCCGAGACGCUCCCUGUAAGAACGGGAAGAAAGUGCUGCUGUUCGCUCAUUGAUCAUCGGCUGUUCUAUUUGUGUGUCCUCAGUUCCACAGAGGUAGACGACAUGAUCCGCAAAUCCACCAAUCUGCUGCUGACCAGAACCCUGAGUCACUGUCUGCAGUAUGCCAUUAAGAAGAAGAAUGUUGGCCUGGCAGAGUUGGUGCAGGUGAUCAUUAACACCACCCACCUGGAGCAGAGCUGCCACUUUCUGGAGGAGUUCAUAUCAAACAUCACAAACGUCCCACCCGACACCGCGAACGCUACCAAGCUGUACGGGACCUCCACCUUUAAGGACGCCCGUCAUGCGGCGGAGGCAGAGAUCUACACCAGUCUCAACGCCAAGAUUGACCAGUUCCUGCAGCUGGCUGAUUAUGAUUGGACGGCUCCUGUACAGGGAAGCGGGAACUUGACCCCGAGCGACUACCUGAGUGACCUGAUCGCUUUUCUCCGGAGCACCUUCAGCGUCUUCACCAACCUUCCCGGAAUGGCCAUAGAACAUGCUACCUUACCGGGUAAGGUGGCGCAGACGGCCUGCAUGUCGGCCUGCAAGCACAUCUCCACGUUACUGAUGCAGCUGCUGCUCGACCCGGAGGUCAGACAGAUCUCCAUGGGAGCGCUGCAUCAACUCAACACCGACGUCAAGGAGUGCGAGAGUUUUGCCAGAGCCGGCCCGGUCGCAGGCUUCCAGGGUGACACGUUGCUUCUGGCCUUCAGUGACUUGAGACAAUUACUGGACCUCUUCACUCAGUGGGACUGGUCCACAUAUCUGGCUGAUUACGGCAAACCGGCGUGUCGAUACCUGAGGGUGAACCCACACACGGCACUGGCUCUGCUGGAGAAGUUAUGUGAGCAGAUGAGAGAGAUGGGGAGGAAGAACAACGUCUUCGCCCCGUUCAGGAAGCAGGACAGAGAUCGCCAGAAACUUAUCGACACCGUUCUCAAACAGCUACGGAACCUCAUCGCUCAGCAUCACGCCAGUAAAGCGCAUUUAACUUGCUGAUCUAUGCACCUUAACAUUACUGGACUUCAGCCACAGACAGCUGGCCAUGUGAUUAGUUACUUCCUGACACAUAACCUGCUGUGUUGAAUGUACUGCAGCCUCAAAGGGACAAACUGGUUAAAGAAAGGAAUGGGGGGUGUGUCUUUACAACAUGGCAAC